AUGUUAAAUAAAUAUAUUCAGUUUCCUGACACUCCAAAUGCCAGACAAGCAAUUAGUCAAAGGUUUUCUGAUAAAUAUAGAAUACCAGGGGUUAUUGGUUGCAUUGAUUGCAGUCAUUUUAGAAUACAUGGGCCACCAAAAGAAGAAGAGCAUCAGUACUAUUGCCGUAAACACUAUCAUUCUUUAAAUGUUCAAAUGGUAUGUGAUGAUGAAUAUCGGAUCCUUAAUGUUAAUGCAAAAUUUGGAGGUGCAAAUCAUGAUUCAUUUAUAUGGGAAAACAGUGAUCUCAAUAAAUAUAUGCAGUCAUUGCACCGAAAUGGGGAAACAGUGUGGCUUUUAGGUGACUCAGGUUAUCCACAAAGGCCAUGGCUGAUGACUCCAAUUUUAGAUGCUGCUCCUAACACACCUCAAGCAAAUUACAAUCAAAAGCAUAUGACUGCUAGAGUUGUCAUCGAAAAUACCUUUGGAAGGCUAAAAAAUCGUUGGCGAUGCCUGAAUAAAGACAGGGUUCUACAUUAUAAACCUUUAAAAUGUUCAAGAAUCAUAUUGGCUUGUUGUGUUUUAACACGC